UCAACGUUUACUUCUGUUACUCGGCAUAUUUUUGACAUGAUGAUUUGAAGAAUAAUCGAAUUAAUUUCGAACAACUAUAUUGUUAAUUAUUAGUCAAACAAAAACGUUUUUGUAUAAGUGAUAUUACUACAAAAAGUUAUAAUGGCUCCAGUUGAACAAGAUGUUGAAAUGAAGAACGUUGAUAGUCCUGCAGCAGCAAGUGACGCCGAUGCGAAUGAGGUAAAAAAGGAUGCUGAUGUGCUCACAGUUCAAGACCUCCGGGAACAUGUGAGGCAAAUCGACAAAGCAGUAACGUCAAAGGAACCAAGAUUUGCGUUAAGAGUACUUCGAUCGCUUCCAGGUACCAGAAGAAAACUAAAUGGCAAUGUUUUACGUGCUAUUAUAAACCAACUCUAUCCGGCUGGAACUGAGAAAGAAACUAUAAUUACCUUUGUUGAGCAACCUCUACCUGGUUCUGUGGAGAUUGAAGCACCGCGGGCCCGAAGUGCUCCUAAGCCUCCAGUUCCAGAAGUUGAUGCCUAUAUACAUCUUUUGGUGUUAGUGCGUAUGCUUGACACAAAUAAAUUGGAAGAGGCAACAGAAUGUUCACAGCAACUGAUUUCUAAAGUAACGGCUCAGAACAGGAGGACAUUGGACCUCAUUGCUGCCAAAUGUUAUUUCUAUCAUUCCCGAGUCUUUGAACUCACUAACAAAUUGGAUCUUAUUAGGGGCCUACUUCAUGCUCGCCUCCGUACUUCAACAUUACGUAAUGAUUAUGAGGGACAAGCUGUUUUAAUAAAUUGCCUUUUAAGGAACUAUUUACACUAUGCUUUAUAUGAUCAAGCUGAUAAAUUAGUCAGCAAAUCUGUUUUUCCAGAAAAUGCUAGUAACAAUGAAUGGGCUAGAUUCUUAUAUUACUUAGGAAGAAUAAAGGCUGCUCGUCUUGAAUACAGUGAUGCUCACAAACAUCUUGUACAAGCCUUAAGGAAGGCUCCACAAACAGCUGCUGUUGGUUUCCGUCAAACUGUUCAAAAACUUGCUAUUGUUGUGGAACUUCUCUUGGGAGAUAUCCCUGAAAGGGCCAUCUUCAGACAGUCACAGUUGAGAAAGGCCUUAGCACCUUACUUCCAACUUACUCAAGCCGUGCGGCUAGGUAAUUUGCAAAGGUUUGGUGAAGUUUUAGAGAAUUUUGGACCUCAAUUUCGCUCUGAUCACACAUUUACUUUGAUUCUCCGUCUGCGUCAAAACGUUAUCAAAACUGCAAUAAGGUCUAUUGGCCUGUCAUACUCUCGCAUUUCUCCUAAAGAUAUUGCUCGAAAACUUGGUCUUGAUUCUUCUGAAGAUGCAGAGUUUAUUGUUGCUAAAGCUAUAAGAGAUGGAGUAAUUGAAGCAACCAUUGAUCCAGAGAAGGGUUACAUGAGCAACAAGGAAAGUUCUGAUUUGUACUGCACUAGGGAGCCACAGUUAGCCUUUCAUCAGCGUAUAUCAUUCUGCUUGGAACUCCACAAUCAAAGUGUUAAAGCUAUGAGAUAUCCUCCAAAGUCAUAUGGUAAAGAAUUAGAGAGUGCUGAAGAAAGACGGGAACGGGAGCAACAAGACUUAGAGUUAGCUAAGGAGAUGGCAGAAGAGGAUGAUGAUGGCUUUCCUUAAAUUUUCUUAAAACACUCAUUGUCUUUGCAGUAGUUUUAUUUUUUUAAUACAAAUUUUGUAAUUGUAUUAACACUUGCAUUCAUAAACAUAAUUAAAUAUUUCAUUAACAAUUAUAAAUUUGUUAUUCUUACAACUCCACCUUUUUAAAAUAAAAAAUUUGAUUUCAUUCUAAAAACUCAACUGAUCUUACACAAGAAAAAACAAGGAAUAGUUAGACAGUGUACUUGUAAUAAGAUUGACUAAACUUGUAAAAAAAUAUGGCAGAAGGGGAUUUUAGGGAGACAAAGUUAUAAUACAUUUUACUUUAAAAUAU